GGUCCUGUUAUUUAGCCCGGACAGGAACGGGUGCUUUUUCAGGAGGGAAACUUCACCAGGGUUUUUCUUGAUUAAAAGACGAUUCAUUCAUACAGUUAAAUAAUACGAGUCAUUAUAGCCAUACAGCAAGAAAGCCCACCAGUCAUGUCAGGUAUUGCAUUGAGCCGGCUUGCUCAGGAGCGCAAAGCGUGGCGGAAAGACCACCCUUUUGGCUUUGUGGCUGUGCCCACGAAAAAUCCAGAUGGAACAAUGAACUUGAUGAACUGGGAAUGUGCCAUUCCUGGGAAGAAGGGAACCCCAUGGGAAGGAGGCUUGUUCAAACUGCGGAUGCUGUUCAAGGAUGACUAUCCUUCCUCGCCCCCAAAGUGUAAAUUUGAGCCUCCGCUCUUCCAUCCUAACGUGUAUCCGUCAGGCACAGUAUGCCUAUCCAUUCUAGAAGAGGACAAGGACUGGAGACCCGCCAUCACCAUCAAGCAGAUCCUAUUAGGAAUACAGGAACUCUUAAAUGAGCCAAAUAUCCAGGAUCCAGCCCAAGCAGAGGCAUACACAAUUUAUUGCCAAAACAGAGUAGAAUAUGAAAAAAGAGUUCGAGCACAGGCCAAAAAAUUCUCCCCUUCGUAAGGGUGAAGGCUUGGCUUCGGCAGAAGGAAUGGGUCAAACGCGGAUCACCUCGCCUCUGUUUCUCUAUGAAUGUGCCCCUCUCACAUCGGGACUUGCUUAUAAGGACUUCUAUUUAAAACUGAUACAUUCUGUGCCAUCCUCUUUUCCUUUUUUUGUUCUUUACCUCUGGGUUGGAGUGUGGCAGGCGCUGGGAUGAAAUGGGAGCCGUAGCACCCCGGCCGCUUCCUUUUUUUAGCCGUAUUACUUGUCUUGUGGUGCGAGGGACAGAGCACAGUACCAGUUUUGCCAUCGACUCAAAAUAAGCCUCUUUUGAGGAAGAGAACGUCUUGGUUGUCUUUGUCUUUUGUUUAAUUUCUCUCACAGGGUCUGUUCCUUUAAAAAAAAAAAAAAAAAAAAAAAACACCCCUCUUGUAUUUUCCUUGAUUUUUAAUUCUGUAAAAUUAGCUAUUUACUUAAAUGUCAGUAUUUCAACUGCUGUAUAAUUAGUGGCACUUUUUAUACUGUAUUAUCUCACUAGUUUCUCUAGAAUGCUCGGUCUGAUUCUCUUAUGCAGGUUUUCUAUUCAGCAUGCUGUAAUAUAAAAUAAUCUGCUGCUUUGGCUGUCUUUUUUUCUUUUGUUAUUUGUAGUGUUUGCAAAUUUUUUUAUGGCCUCGUCUCAAUGCAGGUAGGCUUACUUCUGUAUUAAACUCUAUUUAUAGGGUGCUUUGUUCAUGUACGUGUUAGACUAAAUAAACCAUUUCUAUAAAGA